UCUUUCCCCCGGGUAUGGAAGUGUUUACUAAGAUUAACCGACAAGACAACUUUAUGGAAUUAUGCGGGGGAAUGAGCAUGCUUUCCCUCGACUUUUUCUUCCUUAUGCUUACAAGGGGAUCACUCGAGCGUUCGCCCAAGAGCAUCGACAAUAAGUUGGAUGGUAUUGUCUACGGUAAAGGAAAGGGACACUUCAAGUCAUCAUUCUGAACAGGAGCCAAGUUUGUUGAUUGCAAGUGCAGCUAUGGGUUCGAUCAUGCUGCUAAGCAGAGAACCUAGUGUUUCUCACGAGCAAUAGUAUCAGUGAUGUUGAUCCUGCCUCUGGGCUACGAAUCAAUCUCACCAUCCAUUCUCCGCCCCUGGAUAUCCAGUACAGGCUCUUUGUAUGGAAGGUUCUGCUUCGGAUGGGAUACUUGGAAUCCCAGAUGCGCGACAAAGAUCUCAAAUCAUGGGAUGCAGAUCAAAGAUAUCGUUGAACGGCUCGCAGGCUCUGCAAACAGAAAAG